AAAGAUGAAGUUAAAGGUCAAAGACUAGCGUAUCCAAUCCCAUCUUUCGAAAUAUGUAACGGACAACCGACCUAAAAGACAUAUUGUAGUCUUAUGACGGUAGAAGUUAGAAAAAGGAACAGAAACAAAGGACACAUUGGUCAAUACAAGUAAAGAGUGCAAGACCUAGUUGUCUAUUUAUUAUAGUAAUAAUCGGUAACACACACACGUACAUAAAAAGCCACAUUCUUCUUCAUUCAUAUUCAGAAAAAGCAAAAGUCCAAGGCACAUGAUCCCACAAUGGAAGAAACAACAUCAACCAUCAUCAUGGCUGCACUCUCCACCCUCACACCUUCCCAAUUCUCAGAUCUCACUCGCUCCAUUAUCUCCGCCACCAACCACCACCAUCGCCGCCUCUCCUCCCUCCUCUCCUCCCCAACGCUCUUCUCUUUAACCCUUCACCAUCUCCACACUCUCACACUCCCCCAGAAGACCCUCCUCAUCGCCCGCCACCUCCUCUCCUCCCUCCACCUCCUCACCGCCACGUCGCCGCCUCUGUCCACCACCACACGGCAGCGCGACCUCGACGCCGCGCUGCUCCUCCUUCUCCUCUGCGAAACGCACAACCACAACCCACAUGCCCUCGAGGCACCGUUCUCCGAAUGGAGAAAAAACUUGAGCAAAGUGUUCUCUGAUUCGUUGUUAACUGUUUCUCUUGCACCCCUUGGGACGGUUAUGAUUCCCUUCGUUGAGACGGUGUCGCGGUGCUGGAGGCUUGUGGGUGCGCUGAAUUGCGGCGGAGGGAAGGAGGCGGCUUCGGCGGCGAUAAUGGUGGCGCUGCCGUCGGUGGAGGUGAGGCACAGUGGGAGGGAGUGCGUGAUAUGCAAGGAGGAGAUGGGAAUAGGAAGGGACGUGUGCGAGUUGCCAUGUCAACACUUGUUUCAUUGGAUGUGUAUUUUGCCGUGGCUGGGGAAAAGGAACACGUGUCCUUGCUGCAGGUUUCGGUUGCCGUCCGAUGAUGUCUUCGGAGAGAUCCAACGGCUGUGGGAAGUCUUGGUUAAAAUGACUGCAAAAGAUUCAUAGGUCAGUUGAAAAUGUUGCAGUGGAUAAAAAUGAAUACAAAAAUAAUGAUUGUGAUUAGUAGAUAAAAUUAUUUUUGUCUUAAACAUAUGUUAUGAUGUUUCUUUAACCACCAUUGCAUCCAACAAUGAUAUCCACCGUUGGAUUUACAUCUAGCGGUUAUAAAUGGUUAGAGUAUCUUUCUAAUUGAUUAAUCUCGUACCUUAGCGGGAGAGAAACAACGUUACUUUAAAUGUCAGUUAAUGUUGUACUGUUAUUUAUUUUGUUUCUUACUGUAGUUACUUCUCAAACGAUUUGAAGAAGGGUAGUGAGGUCCACAGUCUUGGCCUUGUGAUUUUUUUAAUUUUUUUUUUUGUGAUGAGUAGAUGACGUGGUGCUUGGUUGGUUUUGUUUUGAUUAUUUGAUGUUUUUGAAUUAAGAGAGGGACUCCUGUGGUAGAGGGCGAAGGGUAUGAUUGUGUGGCCAAAUGAGUGGAUGGAUAGAUAAAAUGUACAACAAGUGAGGUUCUCAAUGUAUAGACAGUGUAAGACUCGGAUAGAUAUGUGAUAUGUCAAUAGAACCAAUAAAAUUGCAAUAGAUUUCAUUUUCA